GCUCCCGCAGACUCACGAAUUUCGGGGGCAGCUUCGGCACCUUCCGCUCGCUCGCUGGCGUCACGCGUGUAGCGCAACAUGGCCCCUGCUAGCCGGGCCGUUGCUCUGGUAGCGCUCUCGCUGCUCUGCCUGUGUCGGGCGGUGCUCUCCACCGAGUAUUUCUCCACUCUGACUCUGUUCAACAAUGAGCUCCACAAGCAGGGAUGCAGCUCGCUGUCCGAGUGGGAAGAGUACGCGGCUGACUGCGAGUCCUCAAUUUUACAGUUGGAAGACCCAGACUGUGAGGAGGGAAGCAACCCGCCCUGCGAGUCAGUCUUUUCUCUUAAUGCGGAGAAGAUCCUGAACCAGGCCAAGUUGUUUAUUGAACAGAAAAAAAUCCCCUUCCCUGUAGAUAACCACAACAUAAAUGAAGAGCUUGCUAUAGGCUACGUUCUGAUAGGCAACGGCCUUUAUGACGAAGCCAUCAAACAUUUCUCGCUCUUAUUACAGGGUGACCCAGAGCUGGUCAGUGCCAUUUAUGGGAGGGGGAUAGCUUAUGGAAAGAAAAGUCUACAGGAUAUAAAGAACGCUGACUUGGCGUUGUAUGAGCUCAACCGAGUCAUCACCCUCGAGCCAAACUGGCCAGAAGUCUACGAACAGAGAGCGGAGAUCCUGUCUCCUCUGGGUCGUAUCAGCGAGGCUCUGGGCGACCUGACCAAAGCCAUCCAGCUGCAGCCCUCGGCUCGACUCUACAGACACAGAGGAACGCUGCUUUUCAUUUCAGAGGACUAUGUGACGGCGAUGGAAGACUUCCAGCGGUCUUUAGAGCUGAAGAAGAAUCAGCCUAUCGCCAUGCUUUAUAAAGGCCUCACCUUCUUCCACAGAGGCAUGCUCAAGGAAGCCAUUGAGACAUUCAAAGAAGCACUAAAGUUGAAGUCUGACUUUAUAGAUGCAUAUAAGAGCCUAGGACAGGCCUACAGAGAGCUGGGUGAUUUUGAGUCAGCAAUGGAGAGUUUCCAGAAAGCCCUCAUGUUGAACCAAAACCACAUACAGUCUCUCCAGCUCCGAGGCAUGAUGCUUUACCACCACGGCUCACUGCAGGAGGCCAUAGGCAACUUCAAGAGGUGUCUUCAGUUGGAGCCCUAUAAUGAGGUUUGUCAGUACAUGAAGGGGUUAAGUCACGUGGCCAUGGGACAGUUCUACGAGGGCAUCAAGGCUCAGACUAAAGUCAUGUUGAACGAUCCCCUGCUGGGACAGAAGGCCAGCUCUGAAUACCUCAAAGUGAAAUACCUCAGAGAGUACUCUCGCUACCUGCACUCGCACCUGGACAUCCCAGUAGCCGAGUACAACGUGGAUCAGGAUUUACCAGGGAACUUCAAGAAUCACUGGGCCAAGAACCUGCCUUUUCUAAUAGAAGACUAUGAAGAGCAGCCUGGCCUGCAGCCACAUAUCAAGGACGUGCUGCCGCAGAACUUUGACAGCUACAGCAGUGAGGUUCAGAAGCUGAUAUGUACAGCCGACCAUCUGGGGGCACUAAUGCAGUACGACACUCCUGGAUUCUUACCUAACAGGAGAAUACACAGAGCCAUGGGCUUAGCAACCCUGGAGGUCAUGCAGGCCAUGCAUCGAACAUGGAGCAACUCCAAGGUGCGAGUCAACGGCAAGACCAGGCAAAUGCAGUGGAGAGACAUGUUCGACAUAGCUGUCAAAUGGAGGAGGAUCGCAGAUCCAGACCAACCGGUUCUGUGGUUAGACCAGAUGCCUGCCAGGAGUCUUAGUCGAGGCUUCAACAAUCACAUCAAUCUCAUCAGGGGACAGAUUAUAAACAUCAGAUACCUGGCGUACUUUGAUAACAUCCUCGACUUCAUCAAAGACAGAAUACUGGUGUACCACGGUGCCUACAACCCCAGAGGCUUACUAGAAGUCCGUCAGGCUCUCGAAAAUGUCAACAAAGUAGAAGACCUUCUUCCUAUAAUGAAGCAGUUCAACAGUAAAACCAGAGAUGGCUUCACAGUCAACUCCAAGGUGCCGAGCAUGAAGGAUCCUGGGAAAGAGUACGAUGGUUUUACCAUCACCAUCACUGGAGACAGGGUGGGCAACAUGUUAUUCUCAGUAGAGACCCAGACGACGGAAGAGCGGACGCAGCAGUACCAGUCCGAGAUAGAGUCCAUCUACAAAGACCUUACCGCCAAAGGAAAGGCAUUAAUGUUGUCCACUGAACUGGGGGAUGCAGACGCCUUGUGUAACCUGAUCCUCUCCUUGGUUUAUUACUUCUGCAACCUCAUGCCCCUCUCCAGAGGAUCCAGUGUGGUGGCCUACUCAGUCGUGAUGGGGGCACUGAUGGCCAGUGGGAAAGAGGUCAUCGGUAGGAUCCCGAAAGGAAAGCUGGUGGAUUUUGAAGCCAUGACCACACCCAGUCCAGACAGCUUCAGUAAGACGGCAAAGAGCUGGAUGACUCUUAAGAGUCUACCAAGCUGGUACCAGAGUCUUCCAUCUGUAGCAGAGACCUUCCCGUCUAGCAGAACGAUGAUCGAGGUUCUCAAUACAGACUCGUCUUCACGCUGCCCAAAGAAGUCCUAACGCGGCUUCUACGCGGGAGAGACGUCUGUUCAAUAAAGUCUUAAUAAUAGAGCUGCUACACCGGGCAGAACAAAAGGGACCGUCUUCUUCCGCAACCCAUAACAAAACUGGACCAAGUUCUCCAGAAUCAUCCAAGCUUUAAUGUUUAUUGUUUAAAUUUUAAGAAAGAAAAUCAUAGAGCUGCUGGACACAUUUGUGAAGGAGGUAAAGUCUGUCUACCUACAUCCCCAACGAAACUGAGGUGAUAGUGAGACAAAUUCAAAAGAUUAUUUCAAAGAGGCUUUUCCUCUGAAGUGAUGACCACUAUUAGGUUUUUCCCCCAAAACUACAAUUUCUUUUGUUUUUGUAUCAAAACACUUCUCCAGAUCCUGCUUUGUUCUCUGUCAUCUCUCCCUAAAUCCUUCUCCACUCUUGGCUCCUAGCACCGCAUCUGUAAAAGCCUGAGUUCUCGGGUCCAAUGUUGAACUUGGACUUUGAUAGUAGUCCUGUUAUUGUUACCUAGAAAUGUAUUUUCGUCAGUACCGCAGUGACCAGCAAAAAGAGCAGCCGUCCGUGAGACAAUCGUGCAUAAUUAAAUAUUUUCCCCGCUUUUGCUUGAAAAAUGGCUGAAUCGUUGCGGCGGCUCUGAUGCUGUCCGGGCAGUCGCCUCGUCCGUUCUGAUCGAUACCAGUAUUUGGCUCCUGGUGCCACUUCGUUCACCAGUCAUGUGAACCGGGAUCCGGUUCAAAACGCGGCGGCCUGUUGAAGGCUGUCAGACGCGCCACCCUUCAACUGCGACAGCUGCCAACAUCCAGGCUGACGUUUUUAUUUUCCGGUUCUUAAUUAUUUGAUGUUAAAAUAGAAUUUCAGGUCACACAACACAUUAGGCCAAAGUAUAAAGUAUAAUGUAUAAUGCUUAAAGGUUCAAUAUCGAAUCGGUCCAGUAGCAGCAGAACAAAGUAUUGACAAUUUCGUGGCUGUGACAGGCCGUACCUUGAAUUAUUCUCCGUAUUUCCACGCUAUUUCCACACUCCAGCUGUUUUGGAAAAAAAAAAUGGCAGAGAGCACUAAAUGCGGGAUAUUUCAGUUAGUUUGGGAUGCAGAAGGGAUUCUGUCCACCCUCUCGCUUUCUCCGCUCCGCAGGCCCCGCGCUGAAGCACCCGAAGCACAAAAUGCAUCUCGCGAACCAUCAGCACGAACAAUCCUUCGCUGCGUCGACAUGCCUGAAUCCCUAGUCUUAGAUGAGUGUUUGACCGACACUGUUAUGUUGAGAAAAGUUUUUAUGUAACGUUGAAGAUUGUAAUUGGCACUUUAAACUCUUUUUUUGUUUAACCUCUGCUGUGCUCACGCACAGUCCAGCCUAUCAGCAGAGAGGGAGUUCAGGGAUUUUAAAAGAAAACGAAACUAAAACCUUCAGGGCUGUUGAAUUCAACUUAGGAUACUUGAAGCAGUCUCUUUUUGUUUUGUUUCCUCAACACUUGCAGUGAGCGUCACCUCUCUCCUCGGGUAUGGAACCCCCCGAUUUCCUUUUUUACGUGACCGACGAUGGCGCGGUGCGAAGAUGGGUUGGCUGCCGAACUAAAAUGAGAGGAACAGUCAGAGAUUUGAGAGAACGAUCUGAGACCCCAAUAAUGUUGUUGUUGUUUUGUUUUUUUACUGAAAACGUUAGUCAGUUAAUCAGUAUGUUGAUUGACAGAGAGUUAAACAAGUUAGAAAAACGAGAUUUCUAUCAUUUAAUCGAGCAAAAAUAACAAAAAGAUUUCUGGCUCAAGCUUCUCAGGCGUGAACCAAUGUGAGGUAUUUCUGCUUUUCUCACUUUUAUGUUAGUGUAAAAUGAAUUUAUUUAUAUUGUCUUCUGGAUUUAAUGAUUUGACAUGUCAGAACAGGAGAAGAAGACAACCGAUUAUUUAUGGAGAAUCAGCGUUAAUAGCAGACCAUUUUAAACAGUUAGCUUAAGCAGUAAAUAAAUAUCCCCGUAGAACUCGUGACUCACGAGUUCAUGAGGAGAGAAAAUGCAGCAACAAAAACCCAGAAAGGGACCAAAUAAAAAAAAAAAUUUGGGCCAUGUACCGUGAUGGAGGGACCACAGUGGAUGGAAAGCAAAAGCAACCUGGUUAUUGUAUAGUGGUGUGAUCCCAAAAGCGGUGAAACUGUACAUUUUCCAUUUUUAAAGUUUUUCAACUCAAUUUGACCUCACCUUUGAAAUACUUGAGCAACUCAAGCAGCAGCUACAAAAUCCAAGCCCCUGCAUGUUCUCCGAUAUCUCUGACCGACUGUUGGAGAUCUCGGUGAAGGAUUUAGUCAUAGACGAGGAGAAGCACACCACACACUGUUAUUUCCUUUGCUAUCAUUCCUCAAGCGUGCGUUGAAUGAAAUCUGUGUCUCUCGAAUUUCUUUUCUUUGGUUCCCCUUAAUAUUUCACGGAUUACAUUUGCCUGUACAGGCUGUUCUUUUUAUGACACCUCAGAGCAGUAGUUUGGGAGAAAAGAGCUCAUGCCCCCCCCCCCCCUUUUUUUUUUUUUGUUUUUUCCCUGAUUCCUACAUAUGUGACCGAGUCUUGUCAAGCUCACGGGUAUCUGGAGAAGAAAAUCGGAGAUCCCCGCAAAGACACUUAAACUGGCUGUAGAAUUUGAAAACGAUGGCGUUAGGAAAUGUCACUCGUGUAGCUUUCUCCUGUAGUGAGAGUUAAACGUUGUUAGUGAAUUCCUCCAGAACUUUUCGAGCUUGACAAGAUCGAAUUCUGGCUGCGGGAACAGAAUGACUGAGUAGAUUUUCGGGAGCAUUUUCGUGCACAGAUACAAAUCACGACGCCGGGGGUGUUGUAGGUUUUCCAGAAGGCGGGAUAACAUUGUUUUAAAUCCGGCAGAGGGGAAGUCAUGAUGUGAUGUUUACAUGCCGCAACCUCAUAAAAACAAGAUACUUGAGUGUCAGACGUUGAAGCUACAUCAUGCAGCUGCUGUCUGUUUUUUUUUCUUUGGUUUUUUUUUAAUGACUCAUCGAUGGGAGUUUAAGCACAAGGAGAGAAAGGGGGUCAGCAGGUAAUUCACCUGGAAUGAUCUGAAGGUUUUUCAGUCGUUUGAACAAAAUUUUAACAACUUUCUUUUUUUUUUUUUUUUAAUUGCAUUUUUUAUCAUUUGGAGGCCUUUAAAAUGUCAUCGCUGACUGUCCGGUUUGCUCAUUUUUUUUUUUUUGUCGUUCAAUCACUUCAUUUCCUGCAUUACUGACAGUGGAUGGCCUACACUGGUUUUGCUUCGUGUCACCUUUUUCUUUUUCAUAUCGAUGAUUGUGCUUGACUGGUUGUCCUUGUACCUAUUUAUUUUUAUUCUUAUUUUUUAUUUUUUUUGCACAGGAUGACCCAGUCAUUAAGUGCUCACGGUGCGCUUCGGAGCGAGGAGUGCACAACCUAUCUUAAAAUUAAAACUUGAA